AUGGUAGGACAACCACAAGAAAAGAAGGGGCCGCGGGAUUCCAAGGAAGGCCUCAAGCCUGACUUCAGGAGCUUCCAGCGCAGGCCGAGAGGCUUGCUGUCUACCGACGGAAAAGUCUUCCUCAAUUUAUGGUUCAUACCACAUCCUUCGGAAGUGCUGGUCAUGUUCAAAACGCUGCCAGAAAAGGCGGCCUUCCGAGCCUUGCGGCUCACCCUGCAGCUGUUGGCGCCGCUGCACGACAUCGUGGCCUACCUGUGCUCCUUCGCUCGGCUGGGAAACUGGUCUGAAUUGCAAGAGCUACAGAAAAUGAUUGACAGCCUUCAGAGCCCCCAAGACCCCAACCAGGUGGCCCAGGCCCUCCUUCUCCGGAGGGAGGUUAUGUUUCUGCAGUUCGACGCGGCAGUGAGGCAUCUGGCCCGGUACGGCCGGGAGCGCUAA